AAGAAAAAUAAUCGGCACCACAAGCGAUUACAACAAAAUGGUGGUUUUAGAAACCGCCAGCGCCCUUCUGGGCGGGCCCUACGCCCAGGGCGCCCCCGCCCUGAAAAUGGUGCAAAAACGAUACAUUGGAUUACAUCAAUGGCUGGGACCAAUACGCAAGGAGCUAAAGGAGCAUAUUGUAGGUGACAAUGUAAGUGACGACGUGCUUUCGCUUGCUUUGAGUCAGAAUCAACAACUUUUUCGCUCACAGAAUCCGGGUCUAGCGGCUGCGGCCGCUGCUGCCACAUCGGCAGCAAGUGCAGCGGCCGCAGCCGGCGGAGCACCACCUGGCGCACCCAAUGGCUCCAUGCAGGCCUCGCAGCAACAGCAACAGAUGCAAAUGGCGGCUGCGUCGCAACAGUUUUUGGCCGCCCAACAGGCGCAACAGAAUGCGGCAUAUGCAGCACAGCAGGCGGCCCCGUAUGUCAUCAAUCCCGGACAGGAGGCGACGCCGUAUCUGAGCAUGAUUUCUGCCGCACAAAUGGCCCCGUAUUAUGGCGUUGCUGCACCGUGGGGCAUGUAUCCGAAUCUGAUACCACAGCAGGGCACACAGCCCCGCCGCCCCCUGACGCCCUCGCAGCAGGGCGCCGAGAAUCAGCCGUAUCAGGUCAUACCGGCCUUCUUCGAUCAGAGCGGCUCGCUUGUGAUGGGACCACGCACCGGCACGCCUAUGCGUCUGGUCAGCCCCGCCCCCGUACUGGCGGUGCCACCGGGCGCAGCACGUGCCGGUCCGCCGCCGCCCCAGGGGCCACAAAUGUAUCAACCACAGCCGCAAACGGCCCAACAGAAUCUCUACUCACAGCAGAACGGUUCCAGUGUCGGAGGCCUAGCAUUGAACACAAACUCGCUGAGCGGUCGUCGUGACUCGUUCGAUCGCAGCACAUCCGCCUUCAGCCCCUCGGCCAUGGACUACACCACAAGCAGCGUCGCCGCCGCCGCGAAUGCGGUUAACAGCAGCGUGGCCCAGGCCGCUGCAGCAGCAGCUGCGGCCGCAGCACGCGCUAAGUGGCCCGGCGCCAUGUCCAAUGCGAGCGCGUAUGGAGCUCUGGGCGCGGCGGCGGUAAAUGCCUCGGCCAGUCCGUUGGGCGCACCGCUGACACCGCCGCCGACGGCUCAGUCGUGCCUGAUGGGCGGCAAUCGGGCGCCCGGCGCCGAGUCGCGCCAGCGGCAGCAGCUGGCGGUGGGUCUGCCGGCGGCUACGGCGGCAGCGGCCGUUGCGGCCGCGGCCAACAAUAUGUUUGGCUCGAACAGUUCGCUAUUCUCGAAUCACCUGGCCCUGCCGGGCAGCACGCCCGCGGCCGUGGCCGCUGCCGUGGCGAAUUCGCGGCAGGCGGCCGCCGCAGCUGCUGUGGCAGCGGCCGCUGCCGGUGCAGCCGGUGCACCACAGCCGGGCAGAUCGCGACUGCUGGAGGAUUUUAGGAAUCAGCGCUAUCCGAACUUGCAGCUGCGCGAUCUGACCAAUCACAUUGUCGAGUUCUCGCAGGAUCAGCACGGCUCGCGGUUCAUCCAACAGAAACUGGAACGGGCCACAGCCGCCGAGAAGCAGAUGGUCUUCAAUGAGAUACUGGGCGCCGCCUACAGCCUGAUGACGGACGUCUUUGGCAACUAUGUCAUACAGAAGUUCUUUGAGUUCGGCACUCCGGAGCAAAAGAACACUCUGGGCAUGCAGGUCAAGGGUCAUGUGCUGCAGCUGGCGCUCCAGAUGUACGGCUGUCGCGUGAUCCAGAAGGCGCUCGAGAGCAUCUCUCCCGAGCAGCAGCAGGAGAUCGUUCACGAGCUGGACGGACAUGUUUUGAAGUGUGUCAAGGACCAGAAUGGCAACCAUGUCGUACAGAAGUGCAUCGAAUGCGUCGAUCCCGUGGCCCUGCAGUUUGUCAUCAAUGCGUUCAAGGGUCAGGUCUAUUCACUGAGCACACAUCCCUACGGCUGCCGGGUCAUUCAACGCAUCCUCGAGCACUGCACUGCCGAACAGACCCAGCCCAUUUUGGAUGAACUGCACGAGCAUACCGAGAACUUAAUCCAAGAUCAAUAUGGCAACUACGUCAUACAACAUGUUCUAGAGCACGGCAAACAGGAGGACAAAUCGAUACUGAUUAACAGUGUGCGCGGCAAGGUGCUCGUGUUAUCGCAGCACAAGUUCGCCUCGAAUGUGGUGGAGAAGUGUGUGACACAUGCCACGCGCGGCGAGCGCACCGGCCUCAUCGAUGAGGUGUGCACAUUCAAUGACAAUGCCUUGCACGUCAUGAUGAAGGACCAGUAUGCCAACUAUGUGGUGCAGAAGAUGAUUGACGUCUCGGAGCCGACGCAGCUGAAGAAGCUGAUGACCAAGAUACGACCCCACAUGGCCGCCUUGCGCAAAUACACCUACGGCAAGCACAUUAACGCCAAGCUGGAGAAAUACUACAUGAAGAUAACCAAUCCCAUAGCCGCUGCCACGGCCAGCGCUGCCAGCACAGCAGCCACAAGCACAGCAAACAGCGGCGCUGCAGCCGGAACCGGAUCGAGUGGUGCGCCCUCAUCCUCCACGUCGAUGGUGGCCGCCGCCGGCGCAGCAGUUGCCACAACCAACACCACGAACAGCAUUGGAUCGCCCAGCAUUUGUGCCGUGCAGGAGAAUGGCGGCAUCUCGAUGGCCGAGCCCACAUCGCCAGCCAGCUCGGAGUCGUCCGGUACUGUGGUGGUCGGCGGUCUUGGACCCAUCGGGCCGCCCACAACAGCUAAUGGAGUGUUGUAAAGUGGCGAAUUGAGAGGCGCGUUAUCGAAUUUUAGUUUUUAGUAUUUGGAUGAAGGAGAAGGAAUGCGAGGAGAGCAUUAAAAGCAAAGCGAAUGCUUACUAUAAAUAUUAUAAAAAAAAUAAAUAUACAUAAUAAUAUUAAAUACUAAUAAUAAUACA